AAAGGAAAACUGGGUCCCAAGUUUUAUGCUGGAUUAAGGAGUCAAUGAAAUCUUAUCGAAAAUAAAAGUAGAAAUUGGCAAAAGGAGGAAGCAGGACAUGUGAAAGUGUCACUAAAGAAGAAAACGAAUAAAGGAGAUGUGGAAGAUACAUAACAUUGAAGGUUUUGUGUUGGCAAAGUGACAGUUCAGUUUAUAAGCAUCUAAUAUCUGUUUUAUGGAUAUUUAAUGCUUUAAACUGUCCUUUCAUUGCACACUUUUCCAAACAGUCUGCUUAUUGUAACAAGGGUUUAAUGCUACAUAUUUAGUACUUAAAAGAGUCCGAAUUUUUAUCAUUCAGAGUUGCAAAACCUCCAUUUCUAUUUAUAUCUUGCCUUUUAUUGUUCACUGUAUUCUAUAUUAAUUCAGGAGAUCAGGAAACAUUCAAGAACUUGCUUGAGUUUCUUCUAGACUGAAGGAAAGGUGAACUUUGAGGUAGAGCCUUUCAGCCCAGAUUUUUCGUGUUUUCGUAAUAACUAUUGCACUUUUCCGGUUUAAUCAGUGGUUGCUCGCCUAAGUUGCCUUAGAAGAUGGAAAAGCAUCUUGAAGAAAAUUAAUUACGCAUUUUCUUCAGAUUGAGACUACAUGUACAUGCCAGAUGGUGAAUCCAUGUGCUGCCAACCAACUCUAUCCUACAAGCCUGAUUACAAGUCUUUCAAAUUCAAUGACAAAAAUGAGAAUAUGAAAGAACACAAAGCAGACAAAGGACCAAGCACUCCAGAAGACUUGUUUAUUUCUGAGGUGGAGAAUCAAGGCCGUGGAGUAAUACCCUACCCGGUAAGUAACUCUGUAAGAGAUAAUGAAGAUUGGAUAGACAAAAGGGACUGCCAUGGAGAGCAGUAUGUUGGUUCUCCUGGUGACUCAGAGUGGAUUGUUAGAAGAAAAAACUAUAAUACAAGAAAAAGAGCAAUGGCUAUGGAGUUUGAAUUGCCUGAACUGGUUGUUUUCCUUCAAGAGAGCCGCUAUCAUUUUGUUAAGGAUAUAUGCAUUGAUAAGGAAAUGCCUUCUCCUGUCAAAUGCUCUGUAGAGAACUGUGAGUUAGAUCAUAAUAACAUCACUUGCCUACUGAACCCUGAUAGUGAAUGCAUUAAUAGUGGACCAGCAAUCCAAAAUUUGGAAACUUUUUCAUCCAUUUCUAAUGGGUCCAAACCAGAAAGCGAAGUUGAUAAGGACGCAAAAGACGCGAUCUCUGUUGAUCAUUUCACCAAACAGAUUGUACCUGAGUCACUCCUGGUUAGAGAGAUUCAGAAGGCAGUUUUGGCAGGCUCCAUCGUAUCUUCUAAGGCUGAGGAAACUCAGGAGGAAAGGCAGACCAGAAAGGCCUCCAUAGUCACAGAUGAACCUGAAAAUGAAGAUGGGAUAUUAUUGGAAACCCCAACAGGAGGAUUAGGUCAGCUUCAUCAACAAUGUGUUGGAGAAUCAAGUACUUCUUUUGGUGUUGAACCCUUUUCAGGCCCCAUACUAAGCUCUCGUUGCAUUUCUUUUCGGUCAAACAGCAGCACAGCGAGCUCUCGGUCUUUUGCUUUUCCAAUAUUAGCGCCUGAAUGGAAUGGCAGCCCAGUAAGAAUGGUGAAAGCAGACAGGCCAUCAUUAAGAACGCACAGAGGUUGGGGAAUACGGUUCCUCUGCUGUAAAUUCUGAGUGUUUAUAUACUUUCCAUUUUUUGGCUUGUUAAUUCGUAGUCAUUGUAUUUUUGUCUCAUUCUUUUUACUUGUUUUCGUGUGGAAGAUCCAUAGGGUGAUGCUUAUGGUUUAGUGUGUAUCUUUCUUAUGGGCACAAAAAUUUAAAAGAGUUCAAUUUCUUUUGAGAAGUCUAGUCGCACAACCAAAAUAACUGUAUAGUUGUUAACAUCUAGGCUUUUCUAUAAUUACAAUUUUACUAUAAUCUUCAAUUACUAUUACAGACUUUUUUCCC